AUGGUUUCAGUGCCAACUAGCCCAAGCAGCAGGUUACGCUCCUCAUCACGCCAGCGUUGUUCUAGCCAGCCCACUAACGUUGUGUCAGCAUUCUGUGAGCGAAAUGCAAGAAACGCCCCUGUACCAUUCACUGGGUGCCCGUUAAAGAAGCCCAGCAGGCGGUUAAAAUUAACCGCAGCCAUCCACUACGCAUCAAGGCAUUCUUCCAGCUGUCCAGCAACUACUAAGAGUAGGCAACAUGACUUCCCACCAACAGUCAAGCAUGAGGAGUUGCAGGAUAGUCUUUUCAACCUUUCAUCAAGUCCUUCUAUUUCUCUAUCAACGGCCGAGGGUGAAAACUCGCAGCAAGGACACUUCCACCGCUGUCAGUUCUGUGCAUAUCAGUCCCGUAACCCGCUUCACCUGGAAACACACAUCAGGGUCCAUACUGGCGAGCGUCCAUUUGAAUGCCAUUUGUGCCCGCAGAGAUUCUCCCAUAAAAGCAACCUGAAUGUACACUUGCGCACCCACACAGGCGAGAAGCCAUUUCACUGCCCCUCGUGCCCUCAGAAGUUUGUACAUAGCGGCGACCUUAACAGGCACCUGCGCAUCCACACGGGUGAGCGGCCGUUUCAGUGCCCGUCGUGCCCUCGGAGAUUCUCGCGAAAGGCCUUUCUGAAGGAACACAUGAGCCUCCACACGGGUGAGCGACCAUUUCAGUGCCCCCUGUGCCCUCAGACUUUCUUGCACAAGUCCAGCAUAAAGCAGCACCUGAGUGUCCAUACCGGGGACCGACCACACCGCUGCACCAGCUGCUCCAAGUCCUUUGUGCGGGCUGAGCACUUGAGCAGACAUAAGAAAAGAAUGCACCACGAUGCCAUAGAGUAGGCCAUCAGCAAUGCAGAACUAGAGUCUGAACUAGGAAUCUACCUACAUGUGCAGCACGAUGCAAGGUUUUCUGCUGCAUCAGGUUGAACUGUCAAGUCACUUCACAAGAUGUUACAGGUUAAUCGAGGAAGUUGCAGGGUUAUUUGUACUAUUGAGAUUGCGGUGCAUUACACUGACGUUCAGUAAAGUGGAAAGUUGGGCUAGUUGGUGAGUGAUCAUCAUACCUUGCUGGUGAAGCAGCGCACUGACACGGACACAGUGAAGACAAACAGGAAAAGACGACACUCGCUGCACUUGCAACUAUUUUAUUUCAGAACACAUACUUCAUAUUUAUAUACCUGCGCACCCUCAGGCAUCAAAGAAAAUCAAGGCAAGAUUAAAGGCAUUUUUAAAAAAUCAUUUGCCCGUGCAUACUCGGGCGUCAAAGAUAUGGCACCUAUCUAUCAUGGCGUGCAAUCCUAUCGUAAUUUGUUGCAACCCUAACAACCAUUU